CUGCCUGCCGCAACCUCCAUCCAGGCUCUCUGGGUCGGCUCGCUUGGGGGAAAACUCAGGACAAACUCCCAAAGCCGGAUAUACAACGCAACCAAGGGCCUCAUCUUCUUCGGCACCCCACAUCUAGGCAGUCAAAUACCGCCUAAGAUUGAGGCGGCUCUCAAGAGCCACUCGGACGAGCUCUUCGAUCUCAGCAGCCAUUUCGCAAAGACAACGCUGUGUCUGGACCGGCGCGUGCUCGUCACCAGCUUCUAUGAGAAAGUUACAGACUCCCGGCUUGGGGCAGAGGUUGUGGAUCAGACAUCCGCUGAGCUGAGAUAUGGCCUUGAAGAUAUGGUGCCCAUUUUCAAGAACCACCAAGACAUGGUCAAAUUUGAGAAUGCGAAUGACCAAGACUUCAAGACUGUUGGAAAUAACAUUUCGGAAAUCAAGGAGUUUAUAGAUGAAAACGUUGCCGUUGCAGAUGAAAUCCCCAACUAUCCACCGACGCCAAUGAUCCCGGCCAAGACGCUCAUUGCGCGAACCUCACUUCUUGACGAGAUCAAGAGCCAAUUCUCCCAAAGGCCCACGGGACUCAGGCAGUCCAUCACCAUCGGGAUCUGGGGCCUGGGAGGGAUAGGGAAAUCACAGCUCGCCCUCAAGUACCUGAGCGAGCACGGCAACAGAUACCAGCUAUGGUUUUGGAUCCAGGCGGGCGAUCCGGCAAUGCCCAAACGCAUGUCAUCAUCACUAGCAAUUCGCCGAAACCUAUCGACGUUUAAGGGCGUUGCGAUCGACAUUCUUCAGGAAGAGGAUGCAGUUUUCGCCUUCUUCAAAUCUGCCGGCAAGGAAGCGCCCAGUGCCGAUGACAGGGCGAAUGCCAAAGGGAUUGUCAAGAUCCUAGGGUAUCUGCCCCUAGCCAUAAGCCUCGCCGGUUCUUAUGUCGGCCAAACACCGAGGAUAUUUUCCGACUUGUCCUUGUAUCUCGAGGAGUACAAGCACCGGAAAACGGAGCUGUGGAAACGCAAGGACAUCCACCACCACUCCAGCCACAGCGUCAUGACGGUCUGGGAAACGUCUUACCCUAGCGGUCUUGCACCAGUCACCAAAUGCCUGCAGGCUACUGAGUCUUUUAGGAAUGCUAGAGACGGGUCCUACAAGAUGCACAGCCUCGUGCAUGAUUGGUGUCUUAAGAGGCUACGGCAGAACGAAAACAAGGACAUCGCCAAUCGAUUUGCCCUGGCGGCCGUGCAGCUUAUACAAAUGGCCUUAAAGAAAUACACGCUCGCAGAGCAGUGGAUGCCGGAAAUACCUCUGUUCCCCCAGUGGUUUAGUGAAGCUGGAGGAGAGACCCCGGAUGAGAUACGGACGAUCCCACAUCUCCGAGCAGCCCUCCGGAGCAUCGAUGCAUUGGGGCAGGCCAGGUCCUUUUUCCGGCUUGAAGAUGUUGGCAAGGCAGAAGAAGUUCUGGUUGGGGCCGUUGAAACUGCCUCCAACGUGCUCGGCAAUCAGUACAAGGCCACGAUUGAUCUCGGGAUGCGGAUCAGAAGCAUGGAGUACAUGAGAGACUUCUUGAAACAGCUCGCGGUAAAUUCCGCGCAUGAGAAUGAGAAAUUGAAAGGCUUAGAGGAGGGAGAAGAAGAUGAUGCUGCUAGCGAAACCAGAGUCCGCCGAAUGAUGCUGCUCGAAGACUCCAACAAUACGAGACUGGCCACGCAGGAAUCGGCUCUGUGCAGCCUCGAGGAAAUGCUAGGAUCUAUUGAGAGAACCAUGAGAGAGAACCGAGAGGUGGUUACUGAGGAGAUAGCGGAACUAGCAAAGAAGGUUAUUGACCUCGGGGCUGCUCAGCGCGGCUCGCUGGAAGAGGCCUGCACGGCCUACAAGGUCUGCAUUGACGAGAUCGAAAGGAGCUCCAGCAACUACCUGCCCCAGGCGCUGCUAGAACUGGCCAAUGUCACCGACCUAGACAAGGACCAGGCCCCGAUGCAGCGCAUUCACCAGCUGAUUGUUGAGAUGCAGGCUUCGAGUACCAAGGUGGCGCUACACUAUCCGCUGGUUGACGCGACUGGCUCGAUGGAUUUGAGAGAGGCCGCGGGCGCCUGGUCAAAGGCCUGGUCUGACCGGCCGGACCCUCGUCAGGGCUCCGGCCACGGCUACGGUUACGGCUAG